CUUCCAAGCUUUUGCCAAAGACGAUUUCUUAGCAACUGAUUUAUAAGGCUCAGCCAUAGAAUAAAUUACAGCGUUCCAGUCAGAGUUGUCGUCAUCCGUCAUAGGGCCAAUCUAUGUAAUAAAUGAAAUGGAACCAGCGAAUGUGCAAUUCGUGUCAUUCCGAUCGAAAAUGGUGCUGCAAGCAAAUUUAACUGAAGACUAUAUGCGAUUUCUUGAGUCUGCUAUACUCAGUAAAAGAUGCGAUCAACAAGAGCUACGAUGCGAUCAGCGACCAUUUCACGUCAUGCUUAUGGGUACCGGAUUUUUGAUAGUUUUUACCUUAGCCAUGUUUGGUAACUGCAUCAAUCUACUUAUCUACAAUUUCGACCAGAUUCGCUACUACAUUGCCAUUCGUAUGCUGUGUACACGAUUGUUUAUGAAUACAUUAGCGAUGUUGUUUCUUCUGCCACAAGCGUUGCGAACCGUUGGUGCAUGGGAAGUGGGAAACUCCGCAGCAGAUGCCAUUUACUGGAGAUAUUAUCCCUAUCAAGCUUAUUUUGUCAAUGUUUUUGGAUUUUGUGCAAUGUGGUUGACUGUGCUGAUGACGGGUGAAUGUUAUUUGCAUGUCUUCUUUCCUGCUCAUUCGAAAUCGCUAUGUACGAAAAGGAAUCUCUCGAAGAGUUAUAUAGUAAUCGCUGUAGCCGGACUUCUUCUUGCCAUUAUCUAUCCGCUAAAUCGCUCGGUUUCUGUAACGACGGAUAAUUGUUAUCGGGUCAAUAUUCAAAUCGUUUCCAGUACAACGCCUCUCAUGACACUAUUUGAACGACUUCAUACCAUCGCUAAUCUACUCUUCGCCAUUGUCAUACCAUUGUCUUUACUCAUCUUCAUGACUAUAUCCGUUGUGUGGAAAUUCGUACUGCGAAAAUCUGAAAAUCCAAAUGCUUGCCAUUUCACAGCUGAGAAGAGGUGCGUCACUCGAAUAACAUUGAUAACGACAGGUUUGCAGCUUCUGGCAGAGUUACCACCGAUACCAGUAUUUAUCUAUGCUGCCAUAUCCGGUCCUCAAGUGAUCGAAAAACCUACCGUAUGCGUGUGUUAUACGGUAGGAUUGUUCUUAGGCUUCUGCAAUAUGAGCCUGUCCUUCUUCGUUUACAUCAUGCUAUCGCAAAAGUUUAGACAAAUGGUCUUCAAUCGCCUUCGAGAAAACAUCGCUCGCUUCGUUCCUUGCUGUUCUCCGGCCACUUCCAAACUUCAUUAUCAAGAUCCUUAUCAAACACAACGGACGUUCCUCAGUGUUUCGCACAAAGGAAGUGAGUCAGAUUUUCUGACCAGUUCCUAUCUGAUGGCUGAACGUUCUUCAACACAAGAAGAUUCAUUUCUGUGAGACGUCAAGUGCCUUCUUCUAGGAAUGAAUUUUUAAAGGAGUUUGGAUUCGUUCUGAUGAUUUUACGUGUCUGUUAAUGAUCUCUUUAAAGCCAGUUUUCCUGCCUUUAGAUCCCCUUUUGUUUAGUUUGUUCAAGCUAUGCUUUAGAUUGUAGAACAACCAUAAUAAUUCUUGAAAUCUUUGCCUUUGAAUCUUUGGCCAAACUAUGCUUCUAAACAGGUUCAAUUGUAUGAAAUGUAUGUAAAUGCGCGUGACUCCUGGAGUUUAUGAUGUACAGCUGUUUGUCGGUCUUAAUGAAUAAAUCGGUGC